AUGGCUGAGGAGACCUGUACUCCAUUUCUGGAUUAUUGGAUUAAACUGGUUUCCUACAGGAGAAGUUUCUUUCCUGGUUUCUGUGUUAUAAACUUUGUAUUUUCCCUCGUGGCGACUCUAGGAAAUCUUUUGGCCAUCCGUGCCUUAAUGAAGACCUCAACGAUACCAGCCACCGUCAAGAAGAUGUUCCUAAGUCUGGCUUUCUCUGAUCUUGCAGUUGGAUUGUUACCGCAGCUAAUUACCGCUAUUAUCAGCGCCGUGAUGUUGAAGAUGGCAUCAAGUGGAGACUAGUUGGCCUUCUUUUGUCCAGCAGUUUUGAUUGUGCGUUCAUAUUUUAUGUAUCUUCUCACCACUGCAUCUUUCCUGAAUGUUACUGUCAUUGCAUUUGAUAGACUUCUCGCUGUUUCGCUCCACCUGCGAUAUCAGGAGCUUGUCACGCCCAGACGUGUUACAGUAGUGUUGGUGUCUUUAUGGUUAACAAGCUGCGUCUUUCCCUUCCUGUUUAUUUUCCUUCCGAAAGGCAUUGAAAUGACAGCUGGCGUUAUUUCCGUUAUAGGAUAUGUUCUGACAACCGUGGCGUACAUUCGUCUUUACAAAGUUGUCACAUAUCAUCAGAAUCAGAUAUACGGUCAAAAUCAGCUUCAAAAUGCCCAGACAAGAGAGGCACACCGACAAAGGAGUCCGCUUACAAUAGUUUAUUUGUCUCUGUAG